GUCAGUCAUCGGUGCGACCGGGUUCUGUAUAUACACACACCAUGUGAGGUCAGGAUAACCCAACAUCAAAUCAACCACGUAAAUAUCAACGCCGUACCCCUCGAUGGCCACUUCAAGCUACAUCAAGAGGGGCAAAUAUACAAUGCAGGGGCCCAUCGAGAUGUCACCCAGUGGCCGUGUCGAUGCGCGACGUGCUGCUGAGUCCGAAAAAUUAACCUUGAGGAUCGACCUGGGCCCUGCGAAGGGUCAGAGGCGCGGAGCUGGAGGCCUCUUCGAGCAUGCAUCCCCAUGGCUGCCUUUACCCAUAUCAGAAGCUGCACUUCUGGAUCUACUUCGAGGAAUGUACCUUUCUAUCUCUAAGCAGCAGACUUGGAGCACGCUAUCUCCACAUUCUGGCGCGCCGGCCAGUCAGCUGCCGUACUCAUCGCGCGGCACGAAAGCGCAGCACGUGUUGUCAGGAGUCUACCAUGCAAAGAGGUUCUGCUGUGUCCUAUUAUGGAAUGGUGAAAGGUCUGGCUAUCGUCGGCAACUCUUUCGCACACGCGACAAUCUGCACACCGCAGCACCGUCCACUGGCGAUGAGCUGGGUCCUGGGUGCAGUCCUGGAAGCUAUUGGCAGGUGUAUCCUAUUAUUGGAACUAGCUUUGGUUGAGACCUGAAUUGACUAUUUUAAGCUUGGACUGUAAGACGAGCGUUGAGGUCAGUUAGAUGAAUGAUGGGAAUUCCUGAAGCAAGUUUGCGCAGCUGCUCUCGACGUCAAC